AUGUCUCCAACCACCUUGGAACACGCCUUCUCCAAGGACUCGUCGUCAACCGCCGUCAUCGUGCCCGGUAGCCCGGCCUUGACAGUCUCGUACAAGAAGCUUGCCGCCGAUGUGAAGGCUUUCCAGCAGCAACUCGCCAAAGUCGGCGUAUCCGCCGAGGCAGCUGUAUCCAUUGCGCUGCCCAACACAUACGAGUUCAUCGUAUCAUUUAUCGCUGCGUCGUGGCAGAGGGCCAUUGCUGCCCCUUUGAACCCAGCGUACAAGCAGUCCGAGUUCGAAUUCUACAUCGACGACCUGAGCUCGGCCAUCGCGCUGGUCCCCAAAGGCGCGUUUGCGCAAGACGCGGCAGCUGUCCGAGCAGCGAGGAAAUACAAUGCGGCCAUUGCCGAGUGCUACUACAAUGGCAAGGAGGUUGUCCUGGACGUCAAGGAGACUGGCAAACUCGCAGGUAAAACUGCGCCCGUCCUGACCGCCCAGCCUGAUGAUGUCGCGCUGGUCCUACACACCAGCGGUACCACUGGACGGCCCAAGGCUGUACCACUGACACAUCGCAACCUCCUGCGCACCAUGAAGAACAUCCAGGCUACCUACCAAUUAACGCCCGAGGACCGGACGAUGCUGGUUAUGCCUCUCUUCCACGUGCAUGGCCUUCUUGCCGGAUUCCUUGCCCCGUUGGCGUCUGGCGGCUCUGUCGUUGUGCCGCCCAAGUUUUCUGCUUCUGAGUUCUGGAAGGACUUCCAAGAGCACAAGGCAAAUUGGUACACCGCCGUUCCCACCAUUCACCAGAUCUUGUUGAAGAGCCCUCUUCCUAGCCCUCUGCCCAAGAUCCGCUUCAUUCGGUCGUGCUCUAGCCCGCUUUCCCCAAAGACGUUCCACGAACUUGAAAAGGCACUGAACGCACCUGUGCUUGAGGCUUACGCCAUGACUGAAGCCGCGCAUCAGAUGACUAGCAACCCCCUUCCACCAGGCCAGCGCAAGCCCGGUAGUGUGGGUAUUGGCCAGGGAGUAGAAAUCAAGAUUCUCGACGAUGCUGGCAACGAGGUAGCGCAGGGCAAGGAAGCAGAAAUCUGUAUCCGAGGCGAAAACGUUACCAAAGGCUACAUUAACAACCCUACUGCCAAUGCUUCGUCCUUCACCCAGAAUGGCUUCUUCCGCACAGGUGAUCAAGGCAAGCAAGACGCCGAGGGCUAUGUAUUCAUUACCGGCCGUAUCAAAGAGUUGAUCAACAAGGGGGGUGAGAAGAUUAGCCCUAUCGAACUCGAUAAUGUUAUCGCGCAGAACCCCGCCGUGUCGGAAGCUGUGAGCUUCGCAGUUGAAGAUGAAAUGUACGGCCAGGAUAUCGGCCUCGCAAUCGUGGUUAAAGAGGGCCAGUCGCUCACAGCAGGAGACCUGAAGGUGUGGCUGGCGGACCGUGUUGCCAAGUUCAAGCUGCCAAAGGAGAUUUUCUUCACGGACAUUAUGCCCAAGACCGCGACCGGCAAGAUACAACGACGUCUUGUCGCCGAAGCCAUGCUCAAGCAGAAACAGACCAAGGCUAAGCUGUAGUCGUUCUGCUGGCCAAUUCGGAGAAAUGUGUCCCUUUGGGGGAAUGUGUAUGCUAGAGUUGUUUUGCAUUGUGCCCCAAGGCAGAAAGUAUCUGUCUGUAUCAGGAUACCACAUCCCAUCGC